AAAAAUUCGUCGCUUUACUUUUUUUUAUCUUCGUCUCUGUUUUGUUCGUCUGCUCGUGCCACUCUUUCAAAAAAUCUCUUCUUUUCUUUCUAAGUUCUUCUUUAAAUCUCUAAUCUCAGCAGGAAGCAAUCUCUUAUGUCUCAAGUUUCUAUUUUCCGAAUCUCCCAGAAAUCUUCAACUCUGUCUUGUCGUCUAGUCACAUUUUGAAUUUUUAAACCAGCUCCGACAUUUUUUUGUUUUUAAUUCUUUUCGAUUCAUAACAAAGGCUGGUGAUUUGGCUUCAGCUUCCUAGUCGCAUGAAUCUACUGAAAUCGAGUAGAAAAUGGCGAAGCGUGGAUAUAAGCUACAGGAGUUUGUGGCACAUUCUGGAAAUGUGAAUUGUCUAAGUAUCGGAAAGAAGACGUCACGGCUCCUUCUAACAGGUGGAGAUGAUUAUAAGGUCAACCUUUGGUCAAUCGGCAAAACCACUUCUCCAAUGGUCUCUUUCACAUUUCUCUCUUUUUUUAAUUUGUUCAUUCUCGCUGGUCUUCAUUUGCAAUUUCUUAUCUGGUUUCAAGAUUUGCCACUUAUAGCUAUAACUACAGUUAUUUCAGCUAAUGUGUAUGAAAAUGUCAAAAUUGUGGUCCCUCUUGGUAUAAAGCAUGUAACAUCUUGUUUCUCUUCAUAGAAGAGUGAUGAUAUUUUAUUUUAUGUGUUGUUGGCAGAGUCUUUGUGGGCAUACAAGCCCGGUUGAUUCAGUAGCUUUUAACUCAGAAGAAGUUUUGGUACUCGCUGGGGCUUCUUCAGGUGUGAUAAAGCUGUGGGAUCUAGAAGAAUCAAAGAUGGUUCGAGCUUUUACUGGACACAGAUCCAAUUGUUCUGCUGUUGAGUUUCAUCCAUUUGGUGAAUUUCUUGCAUCGGGAUCUAGUGACACCAAUCUAAGGGUUUGGGAUACCAGAAAGAAGGGAUGCAUCCAAACAUACAAGGGUCAUACUCGCGGCAUCAGCACUAUUGAAUUUAGCCCUGAUGGUCGUUGGGUAGUGUCUGGAGGACUUGACAACGUUGUAAAGGUAUGGGAUUUGACUGCUGGAAAGCUAUUGCAUGAGUUUAAGUGUCAUGAAGGACCUAUUCGCUCCCUAGACUUCCAUCCGCUGGAGUUUCUCUUAGCCACUGGUUCUGCUGACAGGACUGUGAAAUUCUGGGAUUUGGAAACGUUUGAACUGAUUGGAACUACUAGACCAGAGGCUACUGGAGUUCGUGCAAUCGCUUUUCAUCCAGAUGGUCAAACCCUUUUCUGUGGAUUGGAUGAUGGCUUGAAGGUUUAUUCAUGGGAACCAGUGAUUUGCCGGGACGGUGUUGAUAUGGGAUGGUCAACACUUGGUGACUUCUGCAUCAACGAAGGAAAGUUUAUUGGUUGCUCAUAUUACCGAAAUUCUGUUGGGAUAUGGGUUUCAGAUAUAUCGGAACUUGAGCCAUAUGGAGCAGUAUCUGAGGAUAAGAAUGAAUGCAUGGUGAAAAGAUUUAGUGUCUUGAAUGAUCAGUCUGAGAGAAUGGGAAGUGGCCCAAGGGGCAGCGUAUCCCCAGAUUAUGAGACAAGAGAGAUAAAGAACAUAUACGUCGACUGUGGAAAUUUGAAUGUAGCGCAAAAUCCAGGAUCUCUGAAAGCGACAUUGCCUUUGGAAUCAGGAAAAGUAGCUACUAUGGUGAGCGAGAAGCAGAAUGCAGCAUAUUUUGGACCAGCAGGAGACAAGUAUUCUAGUACAUCGCGGGAUAGUGAUAGUGGAGAGGAAUCUUCUUAUUCAGAAAGGGAAUCUAUCCCUUUCUCAAGAACGAAAUCGGGCAUGUUGCUAAGACCAGCACAUGUAAGAAAGACGCUAGCAAAGUUUGAAGAAUCAAAACAGUCAGCGGUUGUUCAAUCUGCAACUCGAAAGAAAAGCGGAUUGGCUGUUGAGGAGGAACCACAAACUCAAAACGCGUUUCUUUCAGAACAGAAUGCUAGUAAACCUUUUGAUGCUGAAGAUUCUAUCAUCAAGGGUAUUACUAACAAGUUUGAAAAAGCUUUAUCAUCGGAACCACCAACUGAUGAAGCGAAUCGUAUGUUCCUUAAACCACCUCGUAUCCAUAGGUCAUCAAAUAGCAAGUACAAUGACACAAGACGAGCAAUGUCUGCUGAUCCGGCAACUUUUGGCAAAGGUGGGAUGGAGAACUCAGGAGACGUAGAGGAUAUUCCCAGCAAAACUGAAAGAGUUCUUUCACGAGAAAAACCUGGCGAUGAACAGAAAAACACUGAGUACCCUAGCGGCAGCAGAGAAUUGAACCCUGUGAAGAUUGUUGAAGGAGUAAAUGUUGUCUCGGGGAGGACACGCUCCUUAGUUGAGAAGUUUGAGAGAGGAGAAAAAACUACUCAUACUGAAGGAGCCAGUACAACAAUAGAACAGAACAAUAAUGCAGUGCAGGAAGAUCCGCGUAAGACAUCAAGACAGACAGGUGAAACUCCUGUCAUAUCAACACGACGAGCUAGGAGUACUCCAGCCAGAGUGAUGCCUAUUGUUCUCAAUCGGGAUAGUAACGUGACAUCUGAUGAGCCUCCUUUAACACAACCAGCUAGGACUUCUUCAUUUCCAGUGAUGCCUGUGAUACUCAAUCAAGCUUCUAAUGUCACAUAUGAUGAGCCUUCUGUAGCGUUAACACAAGAAUCUAGAACUUCUCAUGCCCGUAUAUUGCCUGUGACAUUCAAUCAGGCGACAAAUAUUACAUCUGAGGAGGCUUCUGUAACAUUAAGGCGCCAACGCAGGAAUUCUGCAGCACGAGUAAGGCCUGUGUUACUCAGUCAGGCAACAUCUCAUGAGUGUCCUGUAACAUCAGUACGUCCAUUAAGGACUUCUCCAGCCCGUGUAAUGCCCACGAAACUAAAUCAAUCUGUUAACAUGACAUCUGAUACAUCUCAUAUAGCAUCCAUGCACCGAGUUAGUCCAACACAAAUGUUGGCUACACCCACUGUGAUUGAUCAAGUGGCUGAUAUGACAUUGGAUGAGACACAUGCAACACAAAUUCAACCAGCUUGCGAUAACAUGCCUCAGAAGGAAGAGCCGAAUAUAUCUGAUAGGGAAGAUGAUAGUGACAUAACUGAAAAUCUUAUGCUAACCCAUAACGAGUUCUUAAGCACUCUUCAAUCGAGGUUGACAAAGUUACAAAUUGUAAGACAUUUUUGGGAGCGUAGCGAUGUUAAAGGCGCAAUUGGGGCAUUAAGAAAACUGACAGAUCAGUCUGUUCAAGCAGAUGUGAUCAGUAUUCUAACUGAAAAAAUAGAAAUUCUCACAUUGGAUAUGUUUUCUCAAUUGGUCCCUGUCCUCACAAGCUUAUUGGGUAGCAGGACAGAGAGGCCGGUAAAUGUCUCCUUGGAUAUGCUCUUGAAGCUUGUAGCAGUGUUCGGUACAGUUAUACGCUCAACUGUUUCAGCUCCACGGAUUGUCGGCGUUGAUCUUCAUGCAAAUGAAAGGCUAGAAAUUUGCCAAAUUUGUUCUGCGGGACUGCACAAGAUUCAAAGAAUUCUUCCAGUUCUCGCAAGAAGAGGCGGUCUAAUAACAAGAAAGGCUCAAGAACUAAACCUAGUUCUUCAAGAACCAUAGCGGCAAGCAAAACCAAGAAUUGAUCAUACAAGCGGUCCACAAGUUGUUGUAAUGUACGUUGCAAAGAAGCGUCUUGUGUCUCUCGAGUCCAAUCUCACUAAGGUUUAUAUAUCAGAGAGAAAGGCAGAGUCUCUUGCUGUGGGAUCGAACUAUAUAUUCUGGAAACUAAUGGUUGUUGUAAAUCAUUUUUUUGGCCUACGUAGCUUCAAUUCUUGGUUUGUUGUUGUUCCGUGGAACUGCAACUCAUAUUGAUUUAAUUCCUAACUGAUGUGUCUUUGUGUAGUCUUUCUUAUUUUGUCUACAAUAUCAUUUUGUAAUAGACAAAACGGUAGUUCUAACCGAACCAAUAGCUGUUAUUGACUUAUUGUCUAUUGUAUAGUGUCAUUUUCCACACAUAGCGUUGCACAUUCUUCUAAGAUUCAAUUACUUGUAUAAACUUUUAAACUCUUCCACUUUUGGUAAUUCGAAAAGAUUAUUCU